UAUUUUAAGUUGUCAUUACGACCUCCAACCAACAGAUGACGUAAUACCAACGGAUUCCCCUUGCCUCAACUUCCGCCUGAGCAUUAAACCUUGCACCGGAAGUGCACUUGUCCUCUUUUACCAGGACGAGCCAACAUGGGACGUGUCAGGACCAAGACCGUGAAGAAGGCUGCCAGGGUCAUCAUCGAGAAAUAUUACACCCGACUGGGAAAUGACUUCCACACCAACAAGAGGGUGUGUGAGGAGAUCGCCAUUAUUCCCAGCAAGAAGCUCCGCAACAAGAUAGCUGGCUAUGUCACGCAUCUGAUGAAGCGCAUCCAGAGAGGCCCCGUCCGAGGAAUCUCCAUCAAACUGCAGGAGGAGGAGCGAGAGAGAAGGGACAACUAUGUUCCUGAGGUGUCCGCUUUGGAUCAGGAGCUGAUUGAAGUUGAUCCUGACACCAAAGAGAUGCUCAAGCUGCUGGACUUUGGCGGUCUGUCCAACCUGCAGGUGACUCAACAAACAGUCGGCAUGAACUUCAAGCAGCCUCGAGGAGUUUAAAUAUUCUUCUUCUAAUAAAACCUUGUGGAAACACAA